AAGCUCGGUUUGGCGUAUUGUACCUGAAAACUGUGAUAUAUCUAUAAUUAAGUAAAGGAGUCGUUAUCGCAGAGGAUGAAAUUCCCGCGAUAGGCAGAAUGAUGGAGCGUGACUACUUGUAGAGUGAUCGAGGGUCGGGGGGGGGGGGGGAGAAAGAGCGUUUAUUUUAAUGGCCUAUGUUGGUUACGUGACAGUGAAAUGGUCGCUUGGAGGGGAUAGACUCCUACAUAGAACGAUAUAGGUGACUUUUCGAGGAGUGGGAGUUACAGGCUCACGUGUUUUCAAACGUGCUACGAGAUGAGGUCCAGUUCGUACUUGCGAAGAUUGUGAACGACACGAUUUCGGUCUCUACUAGCGUAACCAUCGCGGGAUCUCGUCUCGCGAGUGUUUUAUAUCAAAUUCGUAUUAUAGAUCGACGAUUCUAAAUGAAAAGCUUUUCAAGUUAAUCGAAUAAUCUCACUUCUCGUUUACUUUAUUCGUUUAAUAAAAAUAUCACGAAGUGCUUUGAUCUUCGAAUAAAAAAAAAAAAUUAAACAUCCUCGCGCGAACUGUAAUAUUUUCGUACAUUUUCUUUUUGCCGCUCUUACGUAUAGGACAAUCAUAUCAUUUCUUUUCUUCUGUUUUUAUUUUUUUUUCUUUUUUCUCUUUUUCCUUUCUAUUUUCGAUUUUUUUCGUAUUCAUUUUAUAUCUAUCGUUCGAAGUGCGAAUUAUGAAACAAACGAGCAUUCUUACCACAUUAGUGGUGUGAUUCAACGCUUACAGAGAACGAGAGAGAAAGAAAGAGAGACAGAGUCCUUCCUUAAUAAGAAUUUUACGAUUCAAAGAAGACAAGAUGGAAGAAACAUCUGCCGAAAAUGCAAAAGUUUCGGACUCUGGUUAUUCAAACACCUGCAGCAACAGCCAGUCGCAGCGAAGUAGUGGCAGUUCAAUAUCCAGGAACAGCAAUCGUUCGGAAAGUAGUGGCUAUUGCGGUAGACGUCCUUCGACCUUUGGCUCGAGCAAUGAGGCACUACCACAACCGAUCAGCAAAAGAAAGGAUAAAGAAUACAAGAAGAAGAAAUCAAAAACGUCUUUGGCCGUUAAUGCCGAGGCAGAAAUUACUCUGAGAAGUAUCGGAACACCGCCGGAUAAUGCGUCCUAUAAUCUCGUCACCUCAACGAAGCCAAUACUUGAAAAACAAACAGAAAUAGCAACUGUAGAAUUGGUGGAUGCAACGGAUCCAGGCGAACACAACGGCGAUAUUCUGACAGACAGUCCGGAAGCAGGACUUGCUUCUCGGACGAAUCUUCUGGAUGAUACAAGUUCACAAGCAAAUGAUGGAUUUUGCGCGGUGAUAUCAAUGCAUGACGGCCUCGUGCUGUACACAACACCCUCGAUAUGCACAGCUUUAGGGUACCCUAAGGACACAUGGAUUGGUCGUUCCUUCAUCGAUUAUGUACAUCCUAAAGAUAAGGCUACAUUAGCUGAUCAAAUAACGAGCGGCAUAACAUCGCCUCAAGAGGAUCGUCCAAAAGGAAUUAAUGGAAGAAGAGCAAGUUUGUUUUGUGGAUUACGUAAGAAUGUCAAGAUUGAUAACAAUACCUCGAACAAGGAUCAGGAAAACGCAAGAUCGAAUCUUUACCUUCCAUUUCAUUUGACACUGACCUUCCGAGAUUUUCGUGAUCGAGCUGUCGAGCAACAACCAAGAGCAAUGUUUCUAGUCGUUACUGCCCAACCUGUACACUCAGCGUACAAAGCGCCAGAAGAAACAAUAAUAUCUUCGAUAUUUACUACUCGACAUACUGCUACUUGCCAUUUAUCUCAUGUCGAUCCUGAUGUUGUCCAAUACUUGGGCUAUUUGCCUCAGGACAUGGUUGAACGUUCACUGUUUGAUUUUUAUCAUCCCGAGGAUCUGCCCUUCAUCAAAGACAUCUAUGAAACUGUGAUCAAGUUGGAAGGAUCCUCCUUCCGAUCGAAACCCUACAGAUUCGCUGCCCAAAAUAAAAGCUACGUCGUCCUUGAAACCGAAUGGUCGUCGUUUAUCAAUCCCUGGACGAAAAAACUAGAAUUUGUCGUAGGUCAGCAUAGAGUAUUGAAGGGACCUAUGGAUCCUGAUAUUUUUCGAGUACCACCUAAAAACGAAUUCGCGUCUCUGGCUAAUAUCAGCGAAGAGGUACUGAAAGAAUCCAAGAUCAUACAGAACGAGAUACGUACUCUUCUAGAUGAGAGCAUCCAAAGGACAUCAGAUAUUACCGAGCACGAUGUCUCGGAAAGGUGUAAGGACCUUGCGUCCUUCAUGGAAAAUUUACUACAAGAAGUGAGGACACCGACUCUUGGCAAGGAUACUCUAGCCGCGGACGACAGAAGUUUUUCGGGAUCACGCAAUCCCUUGUUACAGGAGCACGACAGCGUAAUGCUUGGUGAGAUAUCGCCUCAUCACGAAUACUACGACAGUAAAUCAUCUACGGAAACACCACCCAGUUACAAUCAGCUUAACUACAAUGAAAACAUCGAGAGAUUUUUCAAGAGUAAACCACCGGUUGCAUUCAUGUAUGGUAGCGACGAGGAAAUGAUGAAUUUGAGCAACGACGAGGGCGAUAAAACUUGUCCUACCUCAACAGUGAGAAAAUGUAUGUCACCGAUAAAUGGAAGCGGUGCUAGUGGUAGUGUAAGCGCUGAAAAUCUUAGCAACGGUUCCAACAAUUUACUUAACUCUGUUAGCAGAGGUAAUACUUCAAAUACCACGAAUAGCAAUACCACCACUACGACUGAGAGUUUCAAACAACCGACUCUAACCGAAUCACUUUUAAAUCGUCAUAACGCGGAUAUGGAGAAGAUGAUGAUGCAAAAGCAUCGGGAAUUACGAUCAAGUAUAAAGAAUAACGAUAAGUUAAAAGAUAUACGUAUAAAAACGUCGAUCGAAAAGAUGUCCGUGGAUCAAAAUAAUUAUUACGUCGGUCAAUGUCACGGUGUCAAGAGAAGUGGCAGUCAUAGCUGGGAAGGUGAUAGCUUCAAGGUUUCGAAACACGAUGAAGUUUCCAGGACGAGCACUGCCGGUCCAUUGCCAACGAAUGUUACUACUACUGUUACGAGUAUGAGCGUUGAUCAAACAUCCACGAUGUUUCAAACCAAUGGGAAUAUCAAUUUGUGGCCUCCUUUAUCUGUAACUGUACCAUCAGCAACUCCUAUUCUACCAUGUACUUCGCCUCAAAAUGCCAAUUGUCAGGCUAUACCAAGAAUUCCAAUGAUUCCAAUGAUUCCACAAAUGGUACCUGUAUAUUACAUGCCUGUACCACAACCGAUGGAUACUCCUAUAUCAACAGCAAAAUAUUCUCAACCACCGACAAACGUUGCCCCUCCAUCGUCAUCUUUGCCAAUGUCGCAAAAAAGUCCGUAUAGAAAAUCGGGAACUUAUAAGAGGAAUGUAGUGUUUGUUCCAGUACCGUAUGUCGCGACAGCAAUGCCCAACGUCAUGUAUCCUCCGGUGAUCGGUACUUCUGCUCCUGGGACGAUGAUGUAUCGACCUUUUUUAAUACCCGAACAAGCUCCUAUGCCACAAGAAAAUAAACCCACGAAUAAAUGUAUGGAUAGAAAACGACCAGCUAGUCAAGCAACAAGCAUCAAGGCUGAACCAGGCAGCAUUAUGGCUAUGUCCGAAUCAUCGAAAAAAGUGUUAUCACCAGGUGAGCUCUUUUCUUCUUGCAUCAGUAACGACGGUGGUUGCUCCAGUGUUGUGGACUUACCAACACCAAUAAAUAACAAACAACAUAGGAAAAUUGAUUACAAUGGUGACGAGUCUAGUUCUUCGAGUUUUUAUAGUAGUCUCCUAUCUAAAAGUAGUGAGAGUAGUUGUAAUCCUGAUCAAAAGACAGCUGAACAAGUUGCAAAGAACUCAAAACAACCAGCAAGAGCAAAACAUGCAAUACACAGGAAAGAUCCACCUUGGUUAGAAGGAGUCCAGUUAACACCAGAAUUGAUAUAUGAGUAUCAAAUUCAUCCAAAGACUUUAAACGAAGUACUCAAAGCCGACAUGGACACUUUGAAGAAAAUUAACCAGCCGUUAUUAGUGAACGAACAGUUAGGCCAACUUUAUUUUGAUUUGGAACUCGAAGGAUUUGGAACAAAAUUAAUACUCGAGGAUGGAAUAACUUCUAGCGAAAGUGAUAGUGGAAGCAGUAGUAGCAGUUGGAUGGGUCUUACAUCUCAGAAGCCAAAGUCGUUAUAAAUAUAAUUGCAGCAUAAACAAAGAAGAAAAAUGGUGAAGUAUGCUAGACUGAUGAUGAUUCAUGAGGAAAACGCACCUUUGCCGCCACCGUUACCUUCUUAGACAGUAUCCUGCCAGCAAACAUAGCAAUAUCAAUUUUUUGUGCAUUUCAAAUUCCGAAAAAAUUGAUCCUGUAAUGAAAUUCACUGAAAUAUUUUUCAAUCACAAUGAUACCUCCAAACGCAAAUGUUUUCAUACGGGCACCAUACAAUUUUUCAGCACAAAACAAAAAAGAAAAGAAAUGGAAGUGGUGAGCAUUUUCAUAGAAAUACUUUCAUAUUAUUUACGUUUAUUUUUCCUUUUUUUUCUUUUUUUUUUUUACUAUUUUUAGAUUUCAAUGUACAUAACUUAUAAUUACUUAAACGUUCAACUCCAAAGCUAUAUAUAUUUUUUUAAUUACAUCAGGGGAAUGUAUCCUCGAACGCAUUUGACGUUCCGAGUGCCUCGAAUAUAUAUAUAUAUAUAUAUAAAAAUAUAUAUAUAUAUAUAUAUAUAUAUAUAUUUUUUUUUUAGAAGAAAAGUUAUAAUUAUUUUAAUUAUUUUAUUUAAUUAAUUAUUAUAUUAUAGAUAGAAAAAAUAGUUAAUGAGAUUAGUCAUAUAAGUUAAUGAUAUGUUUAAUUGUACUUAGAAAAUGCUUAACAAUUAAUUAAAACACAUUGAGUAUCUUAAAUGUACAUGUUACAACUAAAAUUGUUAUCUAUAUGAUUUUUAAUAUUAUAUUUUCAUUAAAAAAAAAAAAAAGAAGAUAUUUUUUUCUGAUUAUUAAUAUUUAAUAUACAAAAUCUAUUGUUUUUAUAUUGUAUUAAUUUUUAUAUUGUAUUAAUAGAGAAAAAAGAGAAUUAAUAUCUGCAUUAUUUAUAACUCUAAUCAUACGUGAAGAACUUUUGCUGUUUUUCUACAAGCAAAUAUUUCCAUGAUGGUGUUUUACAAACACUUUCAUAGAUAAAAUUACGUAAUAUAAAAUUAAAAACAUAUAAGUAAUAUUUUUAUUGUUAAAAAUAAAAAAAAAAAAAGAGUAAAACAAAUAUUAAAAGUACUAUUUUCAUAUAUGUUACGAGCGUAUAUAUCUGAUAUGAUUAUAUUUGUAAAUUAUUAUAUAGGUAUUCUUUUUCUUUAAUGAUAAAAAGAAUAAUAUGAAAAAGUAAAUAUUUUAUAUACCAUUUAGUUAUAGAUAUACAAUUGCAUGAUGAUCAUUUUAUUAUUAGCUUGGUGUAUUUGAAAAGUGCAGAAAAUAUUUGAUUACCAGCUGUUUGAGUGUUCCUCUACGUAAUAUAUCAAUUUUCUCUUAAAAUCAAUCAAUCCAGCAAAUGUAUCGCUUCGUAUAUAUAUAUAUAUAUAUAUAUAUAUAUAUAUAUAUAUAUAUAUAUAUAUAUAUAUAUAUCAGACUCUCCUGAUCUAGUCUAAAAUUGAAAUAAAACAUUCUUAAAGAUCUAUUUGAAGAUCUUAAGAAUGUAUAUUUUAUUAGUAAUGAAAAAAUGAGAGUUAAUCAUGACGCUGGGUUCUUCACAUAUCUUUUUAUACACUUUUAUAAGAAUAUUGUUAUACUAGAUUAUUUUUAUUAUAGAAUAUAUAUAACUUUCAUUAUACAAAAUAUUCGAAUGUGAUAAGAUUUUCAAGUGUAGAAUCCAGGACAUGAUUUUUUUCAUAUUUUAAUAAUAAUAAUAAUAAUAAUAAUAAUAAUAAUAAUAAUAAUAAUCAUCAUCAUCAUCAUCAUAAUAAUAAAAAAGAAAAAAGAAUUGUUCGUUAUAGAGUUGGCACAAAACAGAGUGGUGUGUUUUUUUCAAUACAUCAAUUCCUUAGCUUUUUAAAAACGCGCACUGCUGCAGAUAUAUUUUUUAUCUACAUCAUUUUUGAUAAAUACAAUUGAUUUUUGUAUGGCUUGUAAAAGUACAAAGAAAAACAACUAUACAAAAAAUUCCAUAAUAUGUAUCAAUAUUUUCUCUUUAUAUUUAAACUACAAGUAAAUUUAUCAUAUACAAAUUUAAGCGAGAUAACGAUUUCAUACAAAUUAUUUAUUUAUUAUUUAAAUAUAUAAAUGUAACAAAAAUGUCGAUAAACAUUGUGUGAAAAGAAGUUAUAUUAGAAAAACUUUAUUCAUUCAAAAGUCAGAUAAAAAAGUUUAGAAAGAUGUAAGUGUAUAUAAUAAUAUAAAUGAUAUAGAGAUUUUUAUUAAGAAGACCUGUAAUUGUGCAGUCUGAUUUCUUCUAUAAGUACAGACAAAUAUAUAUUACAGUAUUCGAUUAUCUUCUUCUUGUACAAUUUUUAUCCUUAUACAUAUACAAUAUAAAAUCGUAGUUUAUAUUUAGAUAUAAUUUUUGACAUAAACUUUUACAUUUCGGUAUAUCUAUCCUCAAUAAAUACAAUCUACACGAAGGAUAUAAAACUUUGAAGUAAAUAAACCAAUAAGUAUUGAAGUUUUUGCUGUAUAAAUAUAAAUUUGUAAAUAUAUAAAUUACAUGUAUAUAUAUAUAUAUGUAUAUGUAUAUAUAUAUAUAUAUACAUGCCUACAUAUAUAUGUACGAUUGUAUUCAGAAUUAUGUCCGCCUUCAAAGUGUCUUCACUUUUCAUUAAGAACGAAGAAUACAUUUUUUUUUCUUUUGAUAUUAUUCUUUGUAUAAUCCUUUUUAUUGUAAUAAUAAACAAGUGUAUUCUUUUUUCUUUUUGACAAUUCAUAAAUAGAUCUUUUUCUAUUCUAACAAAAAUAUCUAUCACAAUCAUUAAAAUUCUAUAGCUAUAUCGGAAAAGUGAAGAAGUGAAAAGAAAAGAAUAUUGAAUAGAAUAUUUUUUAAGCCUUAAUAAAUAAUAUUAUUUGUAAUAUUAUUUUUAAGCCUUAAUAAAUCUGCGUGUGAUACACAAAAAUAAUUAUAUAAUAUAGAAUAAUUAAUGAAUUCUAUCAUGAAGACAUCACAUGUUACGUUUAUAUGAUAUUUUAAGCAAAAUUUAAAUGUAUUUUAAAAUAUACAAUUAUAAAUCCGUCA